AAAAAACAUAGUACCAUUUUACAUUGUAGCGUACGUUGUUUAACAACUCAGCUUGUAAAUAUAUUGUUCUUGCACCACGGUGAACCACCAUACAACCGCCAUGCGUCGCGUAACCAUGAUUUAUCAACUUCUCGUAAUCCACCUUGCGUUUACAACGGUCGUUAAGUCAUCAACAACGAUACAAGAAUUCUACCAUGAGGAACGGGAUGCACUGAUCCCGUUUCGUGACUCUAUGAAUUCAAGUUACAAUCUACAUGGGAACUGGACCGGCCCGCCAUGUCUAAACAACAUGAGCCGGUGGACCGGAAUCACUUGUUCCAAUUCCCACAUCACCCAACUAACUCUAGAAUCCAUAAACCUGACCGGGACACUCCCGGUCAGGUUCCUACAAAACAUCAGUUUCUUAUCGAAACUUAGUUUUCGCAACAAUGCGAUUAAUGGAGACCUCCCCACACUCACCGACCUCGCGGAGCUGGAAACCGUAAUCCUUUCUGGUAACCGGUUCUCGGGUUCUAUCCCAUCGGAUUAUAUUAACCUACACAACCUCACAACACUUGAACUUCAGGAAAAUGAGAUAACGGGAUCAAUACCGCGGUUUGAUCAGGAAACAUUGACUGCUUUAAACUUGUCGUAUAACUGGUUGUCUGGGCCGAUCCCAGAGUCGAAAAUUAUGGAGAGGUUUAACCGUAGUUCGUUUGAUCAUAACGCGGGGCUGUGUGGACGGCCUCUGGAGAUACCGUGUGAUGUUUCUCCUGCCCCGUCUCCUUCGGAGGAGGACGGGAAGAAGCGUCUUCAAGUGUGGAGUGUUGUGAUGAUUGUUGCCGCGAUUGUGAUCGUCCCGUUGUUGGUGGUUUUGUGUUUGUUGUGCUGUUAUAGGAUGAGAGUUCAAGGAAAACAAGUUAAGAAAGAGGCAACUGGAAAGCAUCAGGAUUUUAAAGAAGGUGUUGGGAAGAAAUCUCAAUGGUCUGCAAGUACAGAUGAUCCCGAAAAAACAGUUGACUUGGAAUUUUUCGACAAACACAAGCCGAUAUUCGAUUUAGAUGAGUUACUGAGGGCGUCGGCUGAAGUUCUUGGGAAAGGAUGCCUAGGGACGACGUACAAGGCGACACUGGAAACGGGUCGGGUUGUUGCUGUGAAAAGGGUAAAAGAAAUUAAUCAUUUGACGAAAAAAGAAUUCGAGCACCAAAUGCAGUUGCUCGGGAAGUUGAGGCAUGAAAACCUUGUGGAAAUCGUUUCGUUUUAUUACUCGAAAGAGGAGAUGUUGAUCAUUCAUGAAUUUAUACAACAUGGAAGCUUGUUUGAGUUAUUGCAUGAAAGUAGAGGAAUUGGAAGCAUACCACUCAACUGGACAACAAGAUUACAAAUCAUGAAAGAUGUAGCAAAGGGUCUAACAUUCCUACACCAAUCAUUAUCAUCUCAAAAAGCGCCACACGGAAACCUCAAAUCAUCAAACAUUCUCAUCGACUUCACCAACGAAACCAUCCACGCCAAACUAACAGAUUUCGGCUACCCGCCACUUUUACCAUCACAUAACUCAAAACUAGCAAUCGAGAAAUGCCCCGAGUACAAAGAUGGGAAAAAACUAACACACAAAUCAGAUGUUUAUUGUUUAGGAGUUGUGCUACUAGAAGUGAUUACCGGAAAACCGCCUGGAGAUAAUAACAAUAAUGAAGAUGUUUCGGAUUGGGUUAGAAGUGUUGUGAAUAGCGAUUGGUCAACGGAUAUAUUUGACUUGGAAAUAGUUGUAGAGAAAGAUGGGCAUGAAGAUAUGUUGAAGAUUGCUCAACUGGCACUUGAGUGUACUGAUGUGUUGCCUGAAAGAAGACCUGAGUUGACUCAGAUUUUGACCAGAUUAGAAGAAGUGCAGCAUCCUCAACUGAACAUAGAGGUUAACUAAUAGUAACUAAUAUUCUUCGAUAUGUUAUUUGUUUGAUUCGUUCGAUUUAAUGAAAUCACACGUUUUAACUUGCGCUAGUGUGAUACAAAGCAUGUGAUUACUCUUGUCUAUCCUUAAAAUCUUGACAGAUAAAUAUUGAUUUAG